AUGGUCUCCGUGGGUGCGUGGAGGCGCCGCUCGCCUGACGAUUGCGAGGAACGCUCUGAACCCGGCACCUCCAGUUCCGGAGUUCCCCGUGCGCCACCAAAUUGCGCCAGGUGCCGGAACCAUCGGCUCAAGAUCGAGCUGAAGGGUCACAAACGCUACUGCAAAUAUCGCUACUGCAAUUGUGAGAAAUGCCGUUUGACUGCCGACAGACAGCGCGUUAUGGCGCUCCAAACGGCUUUGAGACGUGCUCAGGCGCAGGACGAAGCUAGAGCGCGGGCUAUAGAGACCGGCGGUCCACCGCCCGGGCUAGAAUUGGAUAGACCGGAGCCGCCUAUAGUGAAAGCUCCGAGGAGCCCAGUGGUUCCCGCCCCGCGGUCUAUAGGCUCGAGUAGUUCAGUGGGUUCGGUGCCGGGAUCCCCGGGAGUGUCGCCGCACGUGCACGCGCCUGUUCCCCAAGUUCCUCCGCAGCCAACAAUGCCACCGCUUCUCCCGCCACAGCAACCCGGUCAGUGCAAUUUCUUUGAUAAAGAUAACGGCGAUUGUCAGCUGUUUAAUGUUUGCCUGCGUCUGGGGCACGUGUUUUGUGUUAUUAUCAAUUGA